AGGAAUUUGGAAAACUGAAGGAUGAGGUACCACCAGCAUUGGUUGAUGCUCAUGUUAAACGCGUAAAGGAGGCCCUCAGUAAAGGGACCAGCGAUACAGACCAUGUACUGAAAACCAGUGGAAUUGCAGGUACUGCCCCUGAAGGAGAGGAUGAAAACAAGGAAAAGAAAGAAGAUGAAAAUAAGGAUGAAACAACUGAAGAAAAAAAGAAGGAGGGAGAUGAGACAGAAACUGAUGAUAAAGAGAAGACUGAAGAAAAGGAAGAAGAGAAAACAGAGGAAGUCAAAAAAGAUGAAGAGAUGGAAGACACAAAAAAAGAGGAAAAGGAAGAAGAAAAAGAAAAAAGUAAUGAAAAUGAAGAAAAAGAAGAAGCAAUGGAUACCACUCCUGAAAAGGCAGAAGAAGUAAAAGAGGAGAAAACAGACACAGAAGAAGAAAAAACUGAAACAAAAACAGAAGAGAAAACAGAAGAAACAAAAAAGGAAGAAGAAGAGGAGAAAAUGGAGGAGGAUAAAGCAGAUGAGGAAGAAGUGAAAAAAGAACCAGAAGAAAAGCCAGAGAAAGUGAAGAGUUUUGAAGAAGAGAUCGAUGAAGGCAACAUCUCAACAGCAGCUGCGGCAGCUCUAGCUGCAGCGGCAGUCAAAGCGAAGCACUUAGCGCAAGUAGAGGAGCGCAAGAUUAAAAGCUUGGUAGCAUUCUUGGUUGAGACACAAAUGAAGAAAUUGGAGAUU